AAGAGACAAUAAGGAGUAAGUGGGCUGGGGAAGAAUUAAGGUCGUAAUCAAGUCUGUCAAUUUUCCUGCUUCAAUCUUUAAGCAAAUAUUUCUGCCAGAAGGGAUGAGAUGAGGGGGAGGGAUGAGUACAAUGAGGGCAUUAAGUCAUUAGGGACUUCUGUCCUUGUUAUAUCAUUAAUUCAAUUUCUAAUACUUUUUUUUAAACCUUACCUUCCAUCUUAGAAUCAAUACUGUGUACUGGUUCUAAGGCAGAAGAGUUGUAAGGAUUAGGCAAUGGGGGUCAAGUGACUUGCCUGGGGUCACAUAGCUGGGAAGUGUCUGAGGUUAGGUUUGAACCUAGGACCUCCUGUCUCUGGGCCUGACUCUCAAUCCACUGAGCCUUGCAGCUGCUCCCUCAAAUUCUGACAAUUUUUACGGUUUAGAGACCUUUCCUUGCAAAAAUGCCCUAUAAUUAUUUCAUUAUUCUUAUUUAUCAGAAGAAGAAACUGAAAUUCUGAGCGGUGACCUGACUGGCCCACUGGCAUAUAUAUCUAGUAAAAGGCAAAAUCAGUCUUUGAACAGAUUUUAUGAUUCCAAGUGAAGUAUUCUGUUCCAUCAACACAAACUAGAAUAUGGUAGGUCUACUGCAAUUUGUUUCUCCUUUUUGAAUGCUGAUUUAGAGAAUUUUACCAUGCUUCAGAUCUGCUGGAAUUGCAGGAUCUUUUUUCUAAUCUUAUAAAAUGCUUUUUAAAAAAAGCUCAGGGGAUGUAUUUUUGGGCAUUCUGCCAGGCCCUUAAGCUGAUCACCUAAGUUUUCUUUUGCUAAGUGUGUCUGAGUUGGAUGCCAUCAGGAUAGGGAUUUUUUUUUUUUACUUUCCAGCUUUUAUGUUUGCCAGCAGGGUCACAAACACACACCCGGACACACACAAACCACACAUCUCACUUGCUGGUUUCCCCAAACUGCCUGUAAUCCUAUAUUUGAUUAUUUUCACAUGGGGAAGUUGAUUUUUUUUUUUUUUUUGUAUCAGAAGAGGCUCAGAAAUUCAAAGUCAGGCUUUUGAAAGAGGGAGCAUCAACACCUCUUUCAUGAUCUUGGGAGGUGAUUUGAGGCAGCAGAAGGAGUGAGGAGGUUGGAGAUACCAAAUCAUGGUUCUGCCAUUCACUAGCUGUAUGACUUUUAUCCGCUACUUCCUUGAGCUAAUUGUCUACACCUAUAAAAUUAAGUGGUUGAGACCUUGUGCAAGUCUACUAGAAGACCCCGUUGCCGUUUUCCCUUUCGGGACCUCGAUGUUGAUUGCUGUAAAAUUGGGGGAUUCGAAAAGAUGGCCUCUGAAAUCCUCUGCAGCUCUAAACUAUGUUCCUAUAAUACUAAUAUUCAGCCACUUUAAAGAGAGAGAGAUAGAGAAAGACCCAGAGAAAGAGAGAGCAGCAGAAACAAGGAGGCAGAUGGAAAGCUCCGCAGAAGGAGAGAGGAAAAUAUUCUCACUGAGCCUGUUCUAUUGGCCAUUCACGUAUGGAGUUGAAAAGGUAGCUGGAUUUUUCCGAGGGUUAGAGGGGGAAAAUAAAAUAAACGAAAAGGCACGUUAAAAUUGAUUUUCUUUAGUUUCUUGGCUCGGGUCCCAAACUGAAAGAAGUUGUUUUGGAUUUCAUCCUAGUUCUCAUUUGGGCACAUCACAAAAGCGCAGUAUAAUUUGUCACCAGGGGUAACACGUGUGUAAGAGAUGGGAGCCGGAACAACGACCAGGACCUCGUUGAAAACCGAGGUCACAGCUGAAGUGCAGUCUGCCCACGCCACGUGAUCCUGGUGCCUCAUUCCCUGGGCACCGAAUUCCCCUCGCAAACGUUUUCCUGUCUAGGCUGUUUGGCAAAAGGAGAUGGAGAAGGCUGCUGGCUUCUGUUGUCUCUUCAUGCAGCAGGAGCCUCUGGGGCUGCUUGUCUCACUAAUAGCCCCCGACUGGGAAGUGGAGGGAGACGAGCUCUAGGAAUUGGCACCAGAAUUGAACCUUUAAGGAACAUAAGUAUUCUGACAUCUGGAAAUGAGGAAGAAGCACAGUUCUGCAAUGAAGAAUGACAUUCACAAAUUCCUAAAGACAGGAAAUAGACUGAAAAGUACUAUUGCUAUCAUAUAAACAUAUCUCCUGGGAAAACUUCCUAACAAUCUGAGCUGUCCAAAGUGGAAUGUUCUGCCACAGAAGGUGAUGGGUUCCCUCUCUUUGGAAUUCCUCGAACAGAGACUGGAUGGCUGCUGCUUAGAAAUGAUGAAUUCCAUUGCAAGGAUUCAAGAUCACACAGGAGAAAUACAGACCAAAAGGUUGGCACAUCACUGGACACUCUAAAUGGUUUGCUGGCAGAGAAGGAAUGCCCUAUGGGAUUUAAUAAUAUGGAAACAUCCUGAACCUACAGGAAACACACAUGAAAUAGCUGGAUAUAACUUCUGUAAACAGAACACCUCCCUCUGGGUAAUCGACUCCAGGUGCUGAGAGCUUCUUCUGCAAAUGCCCCCAAUCCUUUUUUUGCUACCUUGGGCUAGAUUGGGAAGAUCAGAAUCUCUUUGAUAAGAUUAUUUGAACUCCAGAAGGACCAACACCAGAUAAAUUAUGAAUGUUGAACAAGAUGACCUUACAUCCACAGCAGAUAAUGAUAGGUCCUAGGUUUAACAGGGCCCUAUUUGACCCCCUGCUUGUGGUGCUCCUGGCUCUCCAACUCCUCGUGGUGGCUGGUCUGGUGAGGGCCCAAACCUGUCCUUCUGUAUGUUCCUGCAGUAACCAGUUCAGUAAGGUCAUCUGCGUGCGGAAGAAUCUCAGAGAGGUCCCUGACGGCAUCUCCACCAACACACGGCUGCUGAACCUCCACGAGAAUCAGAUUCAGAUCAUCAAGGUGAACAGCUUCAAGCACCUGAGGCACCUGGAGAUCCUACAGCUGAGCAGGAAUCACAUCCGCACCAUUGAAAUUGGGGCCUUCAAUGGUUUGGCGAACCUCAACACUCUGGAGCUCUUUGACAAUCGGUUGACCACCAUCCCGAAUGGGGCUUUUGUAUACCUAUCUAAACUGAAGGAACUCUGGCUGAGGAACAACCCCAUCGAAAGCAUCCCUUCUUAUGCUUUUAACCGAAUCCCGUCUUUGCGCCGCUUGGACUUGGGAGAGUUGAAGAGGCUUUCGUACAUCUCGGAAGGGGCCUUUGAAGGCCUCUCCAACUUGAGGUAUCUGAACCUUGCCAUGUGCAAUCUGCGGGAUAUCCCGAACCUCACGCCGCUCAUCAAGCUGGAUGAGCUGGAUCUUUCUGGGAACCAUUUGUCCGCCAUCAGGCCAGGCUCUUUUCAGGGUCUGAUGCACCUUCAGAAACUGUGGAUGAUCCAGUCACAGAUCCAAGUGAUUGAAAGGAAUGCGUUCGAUAACCUUCAGUCACUGGUCGAGAUCAACCUGGCCCACAACAACCUGACCUUACUGCCUCAUGAUCUCUUCACGCCCCUCCAUCACCUCGAGAGGAUCCACUUGCAUCACAACCCUUGGAACUGCAACUGUGACAUUCUGUGGCUCAGCUGGUGGAUAAAGGACAUGGCGCCCUCCAAUACUGCAUGCUGUGCCCGCUGUAACACCCCCGCCAACCUGAAGGGCAGGUACAUCGGGGAGUUGGACCAGAAUUAUUUUACCUGCUAUGCGCCCGUGAUCGUUGAGCCGCCCACGGAUCUCAACGUCACCGAGGGCAUGGCGGCGGAGCUCAAAUGCCGGGCGUCCACCUCGCUGACCUCUGUAUCUUGGAUCACCCCCAAUGGGACGGUCAUGACGCACGGGGCAUACAAGGUCCGGAUUGCUGUGCUCAGUGAUGGCACGUUAAAUUUUACUAAUGUCACGCUACAAGAUACAGGCAUGUACACAUGCAUGGUGAGUAACUCUGUUGGGAACACCACAGCUUCAGCCACCCUGAAUGUGACCGCAGCAACCACUACCCCCUUCUCCUAUUUUUCCACCGUCACCGUAGAGACUAUGGAACCUUCUCAGGACGAGGCCCGAACCACAGAGAACAAUGUGGGGCCCACGCCAGUCAUUGACUGGGAGACCACCAAUGUGACCACCUCUCUCACGCCCCAGAGCACAAGGUCAACAGAAAAAACGUUCACCAUCCCUGUGACCGACAUAAACAAUGGCAUCCCGGGAAUCGAUGAGGUGAUGAAAACCACUAAGAUCAUCAUUGGUUGCUUUGUGGCCAUCACUCUCAUGGCCGCCGUGAUGCUGGUCAUCUUCUACAAGAUGAGGAAACAGCACCAUCGGCAAAACCAUCACGCCCCCACACGGACUGUUGAAAUCAUUAACGUGGAUGAUGAGAUUACGGGGGACACCCCCAUAGAGAGCCACUUGCCCAUGCCUGCUAUAGAACAUGAGCACCUAAAUCACUAUAACUCUUACAAAUCUCCCUUCAACCACACAACAACAGUUAACACAAUAAACUCAAUACACAGUUCAGUGCAUGAACCGUUGUUGAUUCGAAUGAACUCGAAAGACAAUGUACAAGAGACUCAAAUCUAAAACAUUUACAAAAGUUACAGAGAAAAACAAAAACAACAGACGGUUUAUUAAAAAAAAUGACACAAAUGACUGGGCUAAAUCUACUGUUUCAAAAAAAGUGUCUUUACAAAAAAAAACAAAAAAGAAAAGAAAUUUAUUUAUUAAAAAUUCUAUUGUGAUCUAAAGCAGACAAAAUGAUGUGUAUUCCUCAGAACCUGUUUUGCUGCAUUUAUUUACCUUCCCUUUCCCUACUGCUCUCCCUCCCUCUUUGCCAUAUUUUUCAUAGGAGAUCUCAAUUCCCCUAAAGAACUGGUCUAGGAAAUUUUGUAAGAAUUCUGUUACACUUUUGGGGUUUUUAUGGUGAAUUCUAGUGGUGAGAUUCGGUCUAUUUUGUCUCUUCUGUUUUGUUUUUUUUUCUUCUCAUACCCUUAUGAAAUACUCCAAUGGGGGAAUGCAGUAUUAGACAUAGAUUUAUAAGAGAGAAAGAGGGGGGUGGGGAAAUGCAAGAUCUUAUAUUUUUCAUGUAAUGACCUGUUCUGUAUUUACUGGGAGGAUCAUUCUGUGGAAAAGAAAAGAAAAAAGAAAAAAAAAAGCAAAUAAGCAAGAGAUUAAUUUACAUGUCAGAAUCUAUAAAUCCCAUGAUCUUUUAAUGACUCUAGAACCAGAAUUUGUAGUUUAAAAAAAAAAACUAAAAUAAGGUUAUAAAUAAAAUAUUGUUGGUUUUUUUCUGUA